AUGGUGAUUGCAUCGACUUCGAUGUUUGAUCGCAAGAUAUGGCAGUAUAGGAAAUACCAGCACUUAUUUCAGCUCAGGGAAAAGUACGGAAGUGCGGAAGCUGAACAACUGGUGGCUGAAUUAUUAAAUAUAAUGGAUGUGAAGGCAAGACAACCAACGGUUUCUACUAUGGGAGAAGGAUCGAAGGCUCGUGAACAUGUACCUAACUGGGCAUUUAUUGUUAUCAUC